GGGCUCUUUCCUCCGCCUUCCAGCCUUUACCCCCUUUCCAGAAGGGCCGGGACGGGAGGAAGGGCCGCGGUUGAGCAUUUCCCUGGAGCUCUCCUUUCCCCCCAUCCCAUAUGUUUAGCUCGCCUUCCAGAUGUUCCUUUUCAUCAGGCUGUCGCUUCUCGCCUGGGAAAGAGCACUCCACUUGGAAGCAGGAGACGGGUUUCAGACCUUGGCCCUACCACUCCCGUAUUAAAAGUCCUCAAGCCCCAGUUUUCCCUACAGUAUUUUUACCUUGCCUCACCUGGUUUUGAAGAUCAAUAUGACCCAGAGAAAUAGAAAGGAAAUGGACAUUUGUUCAGUUCCUGCAAGGGCAAGUACUAUGCAAACUAUUUUAUCCGUUCCGUUUAGUCCUCACUACUUGGUGUUCUUAGAAUUCCCAUUUCACAGAUUCUGAAGCUCACAAAGCCAGUGAGUGGCAGAGAAGGAUUCAAAUUGAGCACUUUAGCUCCAACGUGGAGUUUUCAUCAGGCACUUCCCUUCCCUGGGCUAUUGGUUGGAACUGUUCUUCAGCCAGACCCUGGGCCCCUGGAACAGCUGCUUCCUGAAUUUCUCCCCUUGGGAAUUCUCCUUUUCAAGUUCCUUUUUCCAGUACAGCAUACUCUGCUCUGCUUCCGCCUUGAUUACUUGAGAAAUGAAAUGCAGCAAGCAUUCAUUGAGCGGUGCAUGGAAACGAACACUUGGAGUCCUGAGCGGUGGAUUCUUGUCCUGGCUUUGCAACUAACUGGCUGGGUAGCCUUGAGCAAGUCCCUUAUCUUCUUGGGGCUUUAGCUUCCCUUUGAAUAAAAUGGGUAAGUGCCUUCUUACCGGCAGGCUCUUGACUAGGUCUUCCUUCCUGUCCUCAAGCAGGCUCUCCCUGGAGGCCCAGACCCCUCUGCUCCCCAUGGGCAGCUGCCAGGCAGGGCACAACCUGCAUCUCUGCCUGGCCCACCACCCACCUCUGGUCUGUGCCACUUUGAUCCUGCUGCUUCUUGGCCUUUCUGGCCUGGGCCUUGGUGGCUUCCUCCUCACCCACAGGACUGGCCUGCGCAGCCCUGACAUCCCCCAGGACUGGGUCUCCUUUUUGAGAUUGUUUGGCCAGUUGACCUUGUGCCCUGUGAAUGGGACAGUUACAGGGAAGUCGCAUGAGUCUCACGUCGUGGGCUUACUGACCACCUUGAACUUCGGAGAUGAUCCAGAUGGGAACAAGACUCAGACAUUCCAAGCCCAGGUCCCCAGGAGUCAGAUGGGAUUGAAAGGAUCUUCUGGAAGCGAUCUGGUCCUCAUUACAGCCAGGGUGACCACAGAAAGGACCUGCCUAUAUUUCAGUGCUGCUCCAGGAAUCCUGCCUUCCAGCAAGCCACCCAUGUCCUGCUCUGAGGAGGGAGUAGGAAAUACCACCCUGAGCCUUAUGGCUGAGGGGUGUGUCAGUGUCUGGAGCCACGAAGGUCUUGUGCUCACCAAGUUGCUCACCUCGGAGGAGCUGGCUCUGUGUGGCUCCAGGCUGCUGGUUUUGGGCUCGUUCCUGCUUCUCUUCUGUGGCCCUCUCUGCUGUCUCACUGCUCUGUGCUUCCCCCCGCGCCGGGAGUCCCACUGGUCUAGAACCCGGCUCUGAGGGCACUGGCCUAGUUCCUGUCUUGUUCUCAGGUGUGAACUUCUUGGGUCUUCGUUCUGAGCUGGAAGAGAUGUUACAAAAAGUGGAGAGCUGGAAUGUGGGAGGAAAUAAAAGGCUUUUUUUUUUGC